UGCUGCUGCUGCUGCUGCUUCGACUGCAGCCCAGUCACAAGCACACGCCAGCCCCAUCACAGCGGCAGCAUCACCAUCAGCAGCAACAGCGACAGUGACAGCAAUGGAUGACGGCGCAGCAGCAAGGCCCGCCAGCGAGCACCCUCCUCCGAAUCCGUCCAAGCCACGCACCGUGUCGCCGCCCACGCCCACGCCAACAACGGCAGCAGCAGUCCAGCACCACUACGGCAGCACAGCAGCAGGCGUAGCAGGAGCAGGAGCAGGAGCGGGGGCUGGGCAGGCCGCCAAUAAUGGCGCCGCAUCGUAUCCUACUUCGCAGCCGCCGUCACAACAACAACAACAACAACAUCAGCAGCAGCAGCAACAUCAGCAGCAGCAACAACAUCAUCAUCAUCAGCAGCAGCAGCAGCACAGUAGCGCGUCGUUCCCCAUUCCAAGGCGCAUUGCAGACGAGUUCCGCAUCGGCAAGACCAUUGGCGAGGGCGCCUUCUCCAAGGUCAAGCUCGCCGUGCACCGCAAAACCAAUGAAAAGGUCGCCAUCAAAAUCAUCCGCAAGCGACAAGGAAAGGACGCGGAAGGCGCCAACUCGUCGUCGGCAAGCACUCCGGCACCGCGCGCAGGCACCGAUCCGGGCUCCCCAGGACCCACGUCCGCAGGCACGGGCAGCUCGUACUUGUCACACCUCUCCAAGGACGUUCGCUUGCUGCAGCUGCUCGACCACCCCAACAUUAUUCGUCUCUACCACGUCGUUGAGACGGACGACGAGUUUUACAUCAUUAUGCAACACGCCGGUGGCGGUGAAAUCAUCGACCACAUUGCGCGAACCGCUCGGCUAAAAGAGCGCGAGGCACGCAAGUUUUUCCGACAAAUGGUGUCUGCUAUUGACCACUGCCACCUUUCACGCGUCGUGCACCGCGACCUCAAGCUCGAAAACAUUCUGCUGUCGGAAGACAAGAACAUUUUAAUCUCCGACUUUGGACUGGGCCGUGUGUACCAGGACGACCUGUGCAACACGUUCUGCGGAACCCCGCUGUUUGCGUCGCCGGAACUCGUCUCUGGAAUCAAGUAUCCGGGGCCGCCCGCGGACAUUUGGUCGAUGGGCGUCGUUUUGUACGCCAUGGUUUGUGGAAAGCCUCCGUUCCAGGCCAAGGCGAUUCGAGAGCUCUACAAGAAGAUCAAGGAAGUGGACUUUGUCUUUCCGGACUAUGUGUCGGACAGCUUCAAGGACUUGAUUGGCAAAAUCUUUGUCCGCGAUGUCGACAAGCGCAUCACCAUGUCCGAAAUCCGCGAGCAUCCUUGGACCAACAAGGGUUACGAGCAGCCGCCCGUCCGAGUGCCGCCAAAAGUGCUCACCGAGGUGCAGGAGGAGCAAAUGGACCAGUGCAUCUCGAUCGCGUAUGACAGCAACGUGACCAUCUACCGCUUUAACGACCUGCCCGGCACGAUCGCUCUGGCUGAAAAACCCAGCAAGGGCCUUGGUCGCGCCGAGUCUGCGUCCAACGUGUCCAUGGGCACGAUGGGCUCGUCCGCCAUGCUCGGCUCUCCCAUGCCGACUGCCUCGGGCAGCAUGACUGCUGCUGCUGCGGCGGCUGCGUCUGCGGCGGCUGCGUCUGCUAAUGGUCCGCCAUUGUCCCCAAUGGCCACUGGCACCCUCUCCAGUGGCAGCACUCCCAUGUCCAAGCGGUUUUCGCGGUCGUUGUCGAUUGGGCAGUCCAUGUUGAGACAUUUCCUGCCCAUGGUGUCGGGCAACUCCUCCUCCUCCUCCUCCGCCUCAGCACCGUUGUCUCCGGGCAUUUCUGGGCGUGCCAAUGGCGGCGAUGUGGGCAACACCUCUCCCACCUCCCCGACGUUUGCAGUUGAUCCGUUGAAUCAUGACGAUCCUCAGGGCAUUCAUGCGGAUGAGCACCACGAUCAAUUGACCCCUCUCCCGUCCGAGACCCUCCCCGUGAACAUUCCCGCGGCGUCCUUGUCCCCCAAUGCCAACGGCACGGCGGACGAUGCGAUUGCCACAUCACCCACACUGGCUGGCAUGGAUUUAGCCUUCAACGCUAAUCUCUCUACCUCUCCGCCAAAGUCCAUGUCGCUGACCAAUACGCCCAUCCGUGGGCACAGCACCAGCGACAUGCCGCCAGUGUCACCUCCUGGCUCGUUCACCAGCUCGGCUGAAGCCAAGCGCAACCUGCUACUUGGGAGUGCCACUGUGGGACGAGGCGGCAAACGCAGCAAGCCGCGCUCGUACUCUGUCUCCCCUCAGAUGGCAGGGCGCCCAACGCUGCAAGGCAUUUCGUCGUCCCCGGCCGUCGGCAGCUCCGCCUUCAACCCGGACGGCACACCUGUCGUUGGGGGCACGCCGGAUGGGAAGCGCUCUCGCUCGCUGUUUGACGUUGGGCGCCGACGCGGCUCGAGCAAUGCAUCUUCUUCCUCCGUGGACUCCAGCCGGCGACCCGAGGACGAGAUUCGAUCUGUGCGCAUCUUCACCCUUGCCAAGACAUCGGCCAAAAAGCCGCCAGCGGAAUUGCUCUCCGACGUCACGCGCAUUCUCACCAGCUUGUUCCUACCUUUUGAAAAGGUGGACAGCUGGGUGCUGCUAUGCACCUACCACUCGGCUCAAAAUGAGCAGGUGGUUUUCGAAAUUGAGAUUUGCAAGGUCUGGCUCUUGUCGCUCUAUGGCAUCAGCAUCAAGCGCAUGUCGGGCUCGCUCUGGGUGUACAAGGAGCUUUACAACCAAAUUUCCAACCAGCUUGACGCUCGAUGAAAACGACGUCCUCAUUUACUGUUUGAGUUCGAUGUUGUAGGCGGGGCGCUUUGGCGUUUUGUAGAGUUUUGUUUGUCAAGUUUUGUUUGUAUUUUGUUUGUUUUUUUUUUUUCGCUUUAUGUCUGCAUUCGUGCAUUCGUGCACUUUGCUGUUUUGACUUUUUGCACUUACACGCCCACGGCGUCUAUUCUCUUUUCUUGCACUCUUUGUGUGCCAUUUCAUACGGUUUCGUUUUGAUUUUUGUCGGUUUCCCUUCCCCCCCCCCUCCCCCUCCAUUUUUUGCGUUAUUGCAGUUUUGUAGCUUUUUGGUCGUUGUCAUUCUGGUUGUUUGUGCUUGUUCUUGUUUUUUUGAGUAAAAACCU